AUGAGCGGCGAGUCUUCGCUGGCAGUCGUCACUGCCGUCGUCAGAUCUCUCGCGACCGAUCCCACGACACCCCCUCCGGCGGUCUCCAAUGCCUGUCCCAGCGUGAGGCUACCCGGCCCUGACAACGCCGAGAAGAUUGAACUCGAGCGGGAGCUUGCCGCCCUCGUUCUCAGGGUUCAGCAGCUCGAGGCACGGGCAAACUCGGCCCCUACCCACGUCUUCCCCGACACCCCCAACGAGACCGCCGACAGCAUAUUCGCAGACGACAAGCCUCGCCCGAGGCCCAAAUAUCCCCCCAACCUCCCCCGCAAUGGCUUCAUCGACGAGGCCCUCGAGGGCCUGCGGGAGCACGUCGACGACCAGUCGAAGCUCCUCGAUAGCCAACGCCAGGAACUGGACGGUGUAAACGCUCAGUUGAUCGAGCAGAAGCAACUCCAGGAGAAGGCUCUGGCCAUCAUCGAGCAGGAGCGCGUGGCGACCUUGGAGCGCGAAUUAUGGAAGCACCAAAAGGCGAACGAGGCCUUCCAAAAGGCGUUGCGUGAGAUCGGCGAGAUCGUCACGGCUGUCGCCCGCGGUGACCUCUCCAAGAAGGUCCGCAUGAACAGCGUGGAAAUGGACCCUGAAAUCACAACAUUCAAGCGCACUAUCAACACCAUGAUGGACCAGCUGCAGGUCUUUUCUAGCGAAGUCUCUCGUGUCGCCCGCGAAGUCGGGACCGAAGGUAUCCUCGGCGGUCAAGCUCAGAUCGAAGGGGUCGAUGGCACCUGGAAGGAACUGACUGAUAACGGUGCGUCUUGCUUUGGCUUCCGCCGCACGCCGGGUCACCCCCGUACUGACUUUCGAGGCUCUAGUGAACGUAAUGGCUCAGAACCUCACGGACCAAGAACAUUUGCCUCCGAAGUUACGCGCGUAGCCAGGGACGUCGGAACCGAGGGUAUUCUCGGUGGCCAAGCCGACGUCGAGGGGGUGCAGGGCAUGUGGAACGAACUAACAGUCAACGUGAACGCCAUGGCGAACAAUCUAACCACCCAAGUACGAGACAUCAUCAAGGUCACCACCGCUGUCGCCAAGGGCGACCUCACCCAAAAAGUCCAAGCCGAGUGCAGAGGCGAAAUCUUCGAGCUCAAGAAAACCAUCAACUCCAUGGUCGACCAACUGCAACAAUUCGCACGUGAAGUCACCAAAAUUGCUAGAGAAGUCGGCACCGAAGGAAGGUUGGGCGGUCAGGCUACUGUCCACGACGUCCAGGGGACAUGGAGGGAUCUUACGGAAAAUGUGAACGGUAUGGCCAUGAAUUUAACAACCCAAGUGCGUGAAAUCGCCAAGGUCACGACUGCCGUCGCCAGGGGCGACCUCACCAAGAAAAUCGGGGUCGAAGUCCAGGGCGAAAUCCUCGACCUCAAGAACACCAUUAAUACCAUGGUUGACCGCCUGGGUACGUUUGCCUUCGAGGUCAGCAAGGUCGCUAGAGAAGUCGGCACAGACGGCACCCUUGGCGGCCAAGCUCAAGUCGACAAUGUCGAGGGCAAAUGGAAGGAUCUCACCGAGAAUGUCAACACCAUGGCCAGGAACCUCACGUCACAGGUGCGAGGUAUCUCGACCGUCACACAGGCCAUUGCCAAUGGCGACAUGAGCCGCAAGAUCGAUGUCGAGGCCAAGGGGGAGAUACUCAUUUUGAAAGAGACCAUCAACAACAUGGUUGACCGAUUGUCCAUAUUCUGCAAUGAAGUGCAAAGGGUAGCCAAGGACGUCGGGGUCGACGGUAUCAUGGGUGGCCAAGCCGACGUAGCAGGCUUAAAGGGCAGAUGGAAAGAAAUCACAACCGAUGUGAACACCAUGGCUAACAACUUAACGGCUCAAGUGCGCGCAUUCGGUGACAUCACGAACGCCGCCACAGACGGUGACUUCACCAAGCUUGUCGAAGUUGAAGCUUCGGGCGAGAUGGAUGAGUUGAAAAAGAAGAUAAACCAGAUGGUUUACAACCUCAGGGAUAGUAUUCAAAGGAACACACAGGCCAGGGAGGCGGCCGAGUUGGCCAACAAGACCAAGUCGGAGUUCCUCGCCAACAUGUCGCACGAGAUCCGGACGCCCAUGAACGGCAUCAUUGGCAUGACCCAGCUCACGCUCGACACGGAUCUGACACAGUACCAGAGAGAGAUGCUUAAUAUUGUCAACUCGCUGGCGAACAGCUUGUUGACUAUCAUAGACGACAUUUUGGAUCUGUCUAAGAUCGAAGCGAGGAGGAUGGUCAUCGAGGAGAUCCCGUACACCCUGCGGGGCACCGUCUUCAACGCCCUCAAGACGCUGGCCGUCAAAGCUAACGAGAAGUUCCUCGACCUCACAUACCGCGUCGACAGCUCUGUGCCGGAUCACGUCGUGGGUGACUCGUUCAGGUUACGUCAGAUCAUCUUGAACCUGGUGGGCAAUGCUAUCAAGUUCACCGAACACGGCGAGGUCAGUCUCACCAUACAGAAAGCAUCAGCUGUGCAAUCCGGGAGUAUGGGAGAGUACGCCAUCGAGUUCAUCGUGGCCGACACCGGCAUCGGCAUCCCGUCGGACAAGCUCGACUUGAUCUUCGAUACCUUCCAGCAGGCCGACGGUUCCAUGACGCGCAAGUUUGGCGGCACCGGGCUUGGUCUGUCCAUCUCAAAGAGGCUGGUCAACCUGAUGGGCGGUGACGUCUGGGUCAAGAGCGAGUACGGCAAGGGCAGCAAGUUUUAUUUCACCUGCAUUGUCCGACUGGCGAACGAGGAGAUCGCUUUCAUCUCAAAGCAGCUCAGCCCAUACAAGGGCCACCAGGUGCUCUUUAUCGACAAGGGAAGGACCGGGCACGGGGGCGAUAUCGCCAAAAUGCUCGCUGGCUUGGGCCUACUCCCUAUCGUUGUCGAGUCUGAGAAGAACCAAGCCCUUGACAAGGUGCGCGGCCAAGGGACGGCUCCCUACGACGUCAUCAUUGUCGACUCCAUCGAAGAUGCCCGCAGAUUGCGCUCGGUUGACGACUUCAAGUAUCUCCCGAUCGUCCUCCUGGCACCGGUGGUCCACGUGUCACUUAAGUCGUGCCUGGAUCUGGGUAUCACCUCCUACAUGACGACGCCGUGUAAGCUGAUUGACCUGGGCAACGGAAUGGUGCCCGCUCUGGAGAACAGGGCCACCCCGUCACUAGCGGAUAACACCCGCUCGUUUGAGAUUCUGUUGGCUGAAGACAACACGGUGAACCAACGACUCGCCGUCAAGAUUCUAGAGAAGUACCACCACGUGGUCACCGUGGUAGGGAACGGCAAAGAGGCCGUUGACGCCGUCAGGCACAAGAAGUUUGACGUCAUCCUAAUGGACGUUCAGAUGCCCAUCAUGGGUGGUUUCGAAGCCACAGGAAAGAUCCGUGAGUACGAACGCAGCUUAGGCAGCCAACGUACACCCAUCAUUGCCCUCACGGCGCACGCUAUGAUGGGCGACCGAGAGAAGUGCAUCCAGGCACAGAUGGACGAGUACUUGUCCAAGCCGCUGCAGCAGAACCAUCUCAUCCAGACCAUCCUCAAAUGCGCGACCCUUGGCGGUCAACUGCUCGAGAAAAACCGGGAACGGGAGCUCGCGCGCACCGCCGACACCGCUACGAGUGGCCGCCGCGAUAACCCCGCGCUUGCGGCCGCGUACCAGUCGGCGGCGGCCACCAACAGCGCCUCUCGGCCCGCACUCUCGACGCGGGCUAUUACGACUGCCGAGCUCGACAGCCCCUCGUUGGUAACGGCGGACCAGGAAGAUCCCAUAACCCGGUCACGUACCAGCCUUUCAGAACCAAACAUCCACGCAGCAUAA